AUGGCUUACACCUAUCUAUGCUCUAUAAUAUCACAGUACCCUGGGUCUCACAAUUAUAAUCAUCUCUACGGUUACGGACAAUUACCGCAUAAUCAGCAACAAUCGCCGCCUACAUAUCACAGCAACCAACCACAUUAUCCGUCCUCAUCGCCUCAGCUGGCGUACCAACAGCAACAACAUCAGCAACAACAUCAGCAGCAACAGGAAGCAGGAGCGCAGCCGCCACCGCCACCACCACCAUCACAGCAUCACCACCACCAACCACCUCCUCAUCCUCACGCUCACUCACAACAACAGCAUCACCACCCUCACCAAACACAUCCAGCUUACCAUCGCUCUGCGAGUGAUCAUAACGAUCGUCAUUAUGUUCCAUUCUCUCCCGUACAUCACCACCAACCGCCACCAACUGCUUCAGGACCAAUCCCCAUAUCAGCAUACGGUUAUGUACAACAACAAAGUGCGGUACAGCAAGUGCCAUUGUCGGUAAAGGGUGGACACGGUCAGAAACAGUCGUUAGAAAGGAGUAAUAAUAAUCGAAUAUCCGAGGAAGAGGAUAAGCAAGCAAGAAUCAUGUCCACCUUAUCGCGCGAACCAUACAGUAAUGACGGCUUCAACUCGUCCUGCUAUUUCAGUACAGGACCUACCAACAACUUUGCCGCCAUUGAACCCUCCUAUGAUGAGCAACAAGUCUGA